UGAGUCUGUCUACAUUCUUUUAAUAGGAUAGUGUAUAAAUUGUAAGAGUUUGUAUGAGAGGUAUUAUCUAGACAAGGAUAUCAAAAUUCUAUUGGAUAUAACAUUGCGCUGGGUGAUAACAGAUUAGGAAACAAGAAGAAAGAUGCAGCGAAGGGCGCAACUGUUUGCGUGUAGAUAAUCAUCCUCUUAACAUACGAUAACUUACACUAAGUAGAGGAUUUGAAACAAUAAAGUGCUGUUGAAUUUAAUUGGAAAUUAAUUGUAUUCCCCUUUUGCGCUAACAUAUCGCGAAGGUGUCACAUUUUAGAAUUUCCAUAAAACUACAUAACAUUUGUUUCUAGACGUAGACGGACCCGUACAGUAUCUAAGGCAAGAUGAAUAAUUCAAAGCAGGUGUAUUUGGUGGUUGUCUGUCUUUUGUCGUACAUUGUAAGCGCCAGUGCUAUGUCACAGUGCUCAUUGAAGGUUCCAGUUCCAGAUCUAACGUAUUGUGACGCAACCGGCACGCUAGAGGAACACAUCGAUGCGGACGUGCACGAGACACGGGGACGGGUAAAAGCGGUACAAGACUACCAACACGACUCGUUCAAGUUAUUUGACCAGCAGUUAAACACCAUAGUAGAGGAUUCCACUACUGAUAUGGAUAUUCUGGAUGUGGUGGAAGAAAUUCAAACUUUAAAACGAUUUGUAACCAGUUUGUCUGAACAACAGGAGCUACCGGAAAUAAGCGACAAGAGACAAAAACGAGCAGCACCAUCGACUCCUAACCAAACGCAACAGUUGCUAAAUUCGGCUCAAGCAACUUUUCAAAAGAACUUAGCUAGCAUUAAACAAAAACUGGCAAGCAUUUCCAGCUCCAUCGCAAAAGAUGCCGCUCAAAGUUCGGCAAUUCAUACAAAACUCCUGCAAGACUUAGCUAAAAAUCAGCAAUCACUGACUGCCACAGAACAACAACUACAGACACUCGACACAGCAGUCAGGAAUGCUCUUACAUCUACAGGAACAGGUGUGAGCGGUGUAAGUUUGUCGACCGUCACCCAAGAAGUCACUGAUCUGGUAAUUAAUGCCACAGUAUCAGAACAGAUAAUACAACGACAGCUUGAUGACCUGGAAAAACUGGACAAACAACUGGAAGCGAGUGAACAGGUUACUACGUCAAGGCUGGGAACAUUGACAACAGACUUGAACGAUCUUGACAAGCGGUUAACUAAUGCAACACAACAGACAGCGGUUCUUAAAGGUGGUGAACAUAUUUACGAAGAUCGAGUUGGCACAUUUAUCAGCAACACGACACGUGACGUGGCCAACCUGAGAGCUGAACUAGCUUCAGCACAGCAGUCUGUAUCACAGGUGGGGAGAUCCGCGUUCAACACAACAAUGGCAGUUGGACAAUUUGAAAUCAAGUUAACGGCGUUCAGGAAAGAUGUAGACGGCAUACAGAGCGCCGUGACUUUCUCACAGCCACUACAACAAUCACAGAUAGGGCAAAUUCUCAAAUUGAAGAAAACACUAGCAGACGACAUUAAUGUUCUGAAGUAUGCGUUCGGACUUACGAAAACACCGCCAUAAUAUUGUGGUUUUUUUUUGUCAACACCAUCUUCAGUUUAAACCUCGUUUGUGAAAAUUUAAUUGUAUAUAUUUGAAACUGUAAUAGAUUAAAUUAACACUU